AUGCCUGGGAGCAUAAUGAACAUAUCUUUUUUCUUUAUGACUUGCAACAUUUAUUUUCUUUUAUAAUUCCGUCGGUCAUUAUCAGAAAAAUAUAUAAAAAUGAUAGAAUUCGGUAUUCAAAUUAAGGAUCCUUUAUUUUUAUUCUUUAUAAUAAUGGAUAAAAUAGUAUAUAUCCCAGAAAUAAGAUAUAAACAAAUAAAUGAGAAUACUUAAGAUUCUCAAGAAACAAUCGCGUAAAAAUUGCAUGACCUUGAAGAAUUGAUAUCAGAUAUUAAAAUUCCGAAUGAAGUAGAGUUCGAGCAUGUUUUCCAUCUGGUCAAACCAAAUUGUUGUGGAUUCGGUCCUUAUUCAUAAAAAUCUGAGUUCAGUAUCCAAGGCCUUGGAGAUUUGUCAUUUUCAAUUGAGAAAUUUCAUUGCUGCACACUACUAUGCUUUACUUGCUUUAGAGAUAAUUGCUACUACUGUUUUUGCUGUUGUUUUUUUGAUGCGAUUUUUACCAUUCUUUGGUGGAUUUUCAGACCAUUUGCCUAUUGCCUUUAUUAUCUGAUCAGAAUUCUCCUUUGCAUGUAUCAAGUCCAUCGUUUGCCUGAAGCUUUAUACAUUAUGGAUAAUUCAUAUUUAAGAAUGGAAUUUUGGCAAAGAGGAGUAGGCUUCAUAAAAGCAAAGGGUGAAGUUAUUUUUAAUUUUACAUAAACAGAUCGAAACUAUUUUGAUAAAUACUGCGCAGGGUUGAAAUCUUCCUUUCCAUAACUGGUUGUCACAUCCCCAUUUGAUUCGAAUUAUAGGUUGUUAGUGAGACCAUCAAAAAAUAGUUGUCCAUAAUCAAUCUAUGGUGAAAUGUUAUUUCUAGGCUGUUGUGAUUUAUUUAACACUAGUAAGAAGUAUCACGUGGAAGGACUUACAUAAGGAAAAUGCGAAAUCCUUAAUUUUAGAACAGGGUGUCAAGCGUGUGCUAGAAUAACUGGAAUGCAAGGGCAAUGUUGCAAAUUAUGUCCAACUAUUGAUUACCCGCGCUAUGCAAUUCAAUUUGAAAGUGUCAGAUAAGUGGAUAAAUUAGCGAUUAUAAUGGCAUUAAUUCACAUAAGUAUGUACAAUUAAUGGGGAGAUGGAGAGGAUUCUCGUCUAAAACUAAAAUUCUCUAAUGAAAUAUGCGAAAGAAGAAAUUAUGUAAAACAAGUUACAGUCGUAUGAUCUAUCAUAAAAUAUUUAUAAAAAGAGAGAU